UCGCAAAGCAUUCUGGGAACUGUCAUGGUGGCUCGCUUGUACACGACGAAACGUUUGGGCACCUGUCUGACUUGUGGUUGAUUUUUCCGCGGGUAAUUUUAAAAAUUGAAUUGACUACUUUCUUAAAUAUUUUGUUGGCAAAAUGGCCUCGACGGCGGCUGGCAAGCAGCGAAUACCCAAGGUGGCGAAGGUGAAGAACAAAGCUCCGGCGGAGGUGCAGAUCACCGCCGAGCAGCUCCUCAGGGAAGCGAAAGAACGAGAAUUGGAACUUCUGCCGCCGCCACCGAAACAAAAGAUCACCGACAAGGAAGAACUCAACGACUACAAGCUGAGGAAGAGGAAGGCGUUUGAGGACAACAUCCGAAAGAACCGCACAAUAAUCAGCAACUGGAUUAAAUACGCACAAUGGGAGGAAAGCCUGACGGAGAUCCAGAGGGCUCGCUCCAUUUACGAGCGUGCGCUGGAUGUGGAUCACCGCAACGUGACCCUGUGGCUGAAGUACGCCGAGAUGGAGAUGAAAAAUCGGCAGGUGAACCAUGCGCGCAACAUCUGGGACCGAGCCAUCACCAUCCUGCCCCGUGUCAACCAGUUCUGGUACAAGUACACAUACAUGGAGGAGAUGCUGGGCAACGUGGCGGGCUGCAGGCAGGCCUUUGAGCGCUGGAUGGAGUGGGAGCCCGAGGAGCAGGCCUGGCAUUCCUACAUCAACUUUGAGCUGCGUUAUAAGGAGGUGGACAAAGGCCGCAGCAUCUACGAGCGAUUCGUCAUGGUCCACCCCGAGGUGAAGAAUUGGAUCAAGUACGCUCGCUUCGAGGAGAAGCACGGCUACAUCGCUCACAGCAGGAAGGUGUUUGAGCGCGCAGUGGAGUUCUUCGGUGAGGAGCACGUGGACGAGAACCUCUUUGUUGCCUUUGCCAAAUUUGAGGAGACCCAGAAGGAGUUUGAGCGCGUGCGCGUGAUCUACAAGUACGCUUUGGACCGGAUCCCCAAGCAGCAGGCCCAGGAGCUGUUCAAGAACUACACCGUGUUUGAGAAGAAAUUUGGAGACCGACGGGGCAUCGAGGACGUCAUCGUCAGCAAGAGGCGGUUCCAGUACGAGGAGGAAGUCAAGGCCAACCCGCACAACUACGACGCCUGGUUCGAUUAUCUGCGGCUGGUGGAGAGCGACGCCGAUGCCGACACGGUGCGAGAGGUGUACGAGCGCGCCAUCGCCAACGUGCCGCCCAUCCAGGAAAAGCGCCACUGGAGGCGCUACAUCUACUUGUGGAUCAACUACGCCCUCUAUGAAGAGCUGGAGGUCACGGACGUGGACAGGACAAGGCAAGUCUAUCAGGCCUGUCUGGAUCUGAUCCCACACAAAAAGUUCACCUUUGCAAAGAUCUGGCUGCUGUACGGCCAGUUUGAGAUCAGACAGAAGAACUUGCAGGGUGCCAGAAAGAUCAUGGGCACGGCCAUCGGCAAAUGUCCAAAGAACAAACUGCUGAAGGGCUACAUUGAGCUGGAGCUUCAGCUGCGCGAGUUCGACCGCUGCCGGAAGCUCUACGAGAAAUACUUGGAGUUCACGCCGGAAAACUGCGCCACCUGGAUCAAGUUUGCCGAGCUGGAGACCAUCCUGGGCGACGUGGAUCGGGCGCGCGCCAUCUUUGAGCUCGCCAUCGGACAGCCGCGGCUGGACAUGCCCGAGGUUUUGUGGAAGUCCUACAUCGACUUUGAGAUUGAGCAGGAGGAGUUUGGGAACACCAGGAACCUUUACAAGAGGCUGCUGCAGCGCACCCAGCACGUCAAGGUUUGGAUCAGCUACGCCAAGUUCGAGUUGUCGCUGGAAGGCGGCGAGCGGCAGCGCAGGUGCCGGCAGAUCUUCGAGGAGGCCAACAAGAGCCUGAGGAGCUGCGAGGAGAAGGAGGAGCGGCUCAUGUUGCUCGAGGCCUGGAAGGACUUCGAGGCCGAGUUCGGCUCGGACGGCGACGGGGAGCGCGUCGCCAAGCUGCUGCCCGAGAAGGUCAAGAAGAGGAGGAAGAUCACGGCCGAAGACGGGUCGGACGCGGGCUGGGAGGAGUACUACGACUACAUUUUCCCAGAAGAUGCCGCCAACCAGCCCAACCUCAAGCUGCUCGCCAUGGCCAAGAUGUGGAAGAAGCAGCAGCAGCAGGUGGCCCACGAAGACGACGACCAGAACCAGGACCUUCGAGAAAAAGCUCAGAGGAACGAGGAGAUGGCCAGCGCCACUGAAGACGUCCCGCACAACUGUGAGGCAAGCCAAGUUACGCAAGACGAGAACACCUUUGAUGACCGAGACGACAGCAGCAGCAGCAGUGAGGAGGAGAAACGGGACGGGGACAAGAAGGUUGUGGACAAAAAGGACAACAGAGGUGAUGAGGAUCAAGAUUAGAGCUCCCCCACACCCCCCACCACCUUUGCGAUGACUCCAACACCGUUUUUUUUACAACGAUAGUUUAUUUCAGAAUGUACAGCAAUUAAAGAGCAUUUGAAGCUUU